ACUUGAUGUAUAAAGUGGAACAAAGCAAAUGUAUUCUGGAAAUUAAUAAUAUCUAAAUAGUAAGAAGGGACUUUAAUUAAUGUUUGAAAUGUUAAACCCCUGAUUAUUAGACACACUUCAAUAAAAGUAUUGUUUGCUCUCAUAAAAACAAAGUAACACUUUAUUCUAUACAACAUUCUAACUGCAAAAACUAUUUUUGAGGCACUAGCUAAUAAAAUGUUGUGACUCUCGGCUAGUAGGCUGUAGAAAUAUAUAAUGAAAGAAAUAACAUUUUAUAUUUAUUGCACAAGGGUUAGAGUUCCACUUUAAUCAAAUAUAAUAAUAAGUUUAAUAUGUAAACCCAUCUUAAUUUAAAAUAAAUAGUUAAGUGGCAAAGGGAGUGGAACAUGGUCGAAGGGUUGGAACCUGUUGGAACCAUCCAUGGGGAGAACCACUGUUUCAGGAAGUACAUUUUUUCACUCUGUAAUUCUCAUUUGAAAGGGUUUAUUUCCUUAUGAUUCAAACACAACAACGUACAUUGUACAACGAUGUGCUGUGGUAAUGUCAUUAGUAAGCUACGAAUAUCCUUGCUGAUAAAUCAUGUUUUUGUAUUUCGCCUGUUUGGUACACGGUUUGGUACGGGAAAUGUUAAAACUACAUUAACCAUUAACCUCAGUCGCCGUUGCAGUUGGAAAUAUAAUAUUUAUCAGGAAGGUAGACAGAUUACGUGUAUGCUUGCCGUUUCGGUUGGGUUGUUACUGUAGAGAUCCGUGAAAAUCGUGUUUGGUACAUAGGCCUAUAGACUUGCACAUUUCACGUUCAAAUUACAACAUACUAAAACACCUGCCAAAACACCAGCCUAUUGUCAAUGCUAUGACUGGACCACGACGCUAAACAAAACAUGACAUCCCCCCUCGGCCCCUCCCACUCUCAAAAGCUAUGUUUACGGUCUCCAUGGCGACAAUACGCAGAGUUCUUUGAUGUCGCUUUCUGGGGGAAACUCAACCUCAAAACACGUUUAUUUUGUUUAAAUAAGAACAUGAGCGUAUCUGUCACACGCACAAUUACGAAGACAAAUGACGCUAAUAAAGUUGCUCGGCGGCAGCGGGAGUAUGACCACUUGUAUGAUCCAGUUUACACAGUGUCAUCGGAGGUAGACCAUGCCAGGUCUAACCUGAAGGCAUAUGCGUCUAACGAUCGAGUCAGAUUAGUGCCUGAGUAUGCGUCCAUGUUCAGUAACCUUUCCCACCACCCACGGUUCACUGUUCACCUGGACCCUACAGACCCGGUACCGACCUCUAUUGAUCGCCGCUGGAGGGGCCACACUGAUCAGCGUAAAGGGGCUCUGCAGCAGCUGGCUGGGAUUAUUCCCACUGCGGAGUGCCGUGUGACCGGAGCUGAUAGCUGGAAAUACUUUAAACGCCCUCUGAUUCCCUUCGCACAGCACGUUCCCCCGGAUGUUAUUUUUGCGUUGCCGAAAGAACAGUUUGCAUCCUCUGGUGGAAAGAAUGCUGAGAAACAGCCCACCCAUUUCACCGUGGGGGUCCAGACCGACUACAGAGAAAGUGAAACCCAGACGGACCCGUACAGCUCUGAGUAUGUGGUACAACCCGGGACCUCUCCCUCAGAGCUCCUGCGGCUGGCAGCUUUGACUUGGGGUUGUGGUCUGCCUGUAGGCCUGGCAGAAGUGGAAAUGAUAGAGCGGGCACGGGCCAAAAGAGCUUGGGAGGCCACUCUUCCUCCAUUGAAUGACCUUAGUCAGCUGGACAAAAGGAGACGAAUGAUGGAGGAGAUGGAGGUCAACGAGUGGGCUUUCAGAGAGGGAGAAAUCCAGAAGUUGCAGGAGACUCGUCUUUUUGUCCUGAAGGACCUCCUAAGACAAAGAGAUGAGGCCCAGAAAGAAGUCACAAAUGACAGACUGAACCAGAUAUAUUCUAAGAACCAAAAAGACAAAGAGUCCAAGCUGGACAAGAUUCAGAAUGACUACAUGAGGGAACUGAGAAAACUGGACGCUAAGGGGCGAAAUAUGGAGUGGAAGCUAGAUCGCCUUGGUGUUAUCAAAGAACUGAAAGAUUCUCAGGCAGUUUCCCCACAGAGCCGAAGUGAUAAGUUCUCCAACAGGAUCACCCGAAACAAGGAAUUUAAAAGCCACUACUUAGACACAUAUGAAGGUUUGGUGGAGCUAGAGGCAGGAAUAUCGGCCUCUGUACUCAAGCCACUGAAAAAAAAAAAAAAUCCCAAAGCCAGCAUCCUUAAGAGUAUGAUCAAGCCCCCAGUGUGCAGAGGGGUUGACGUGAUGAGGAAAUACAAGGCCCUCAAAGAGGGGCGUGAACAAGAGGAGUGUGAGCAGGAGAAGUCUUCAAGAUUCCUUCUGAAGACGGAGAAGCCUGUUGUUCGUCCUGUCACUCCCAGAGUGGAGGAGCCACCAGAGGGUGAUGAGGAGCGAGAGCUUGCGGUCGUCCACUUGCAAAAGCUUCUUAGAGGAAGAAGUAUCCAAUACGAGAUGUUUGAGGGCAAGGAGAACCAUCUGGACCUCAUCCAUGAACUGAGGACCGUCCAUGCACUCCAGAGGGAGGAGCAAGAGCUACAGAAAGCUGACAAGGGGCUCGUAAUGAGCCUUAAAAAACAGAGAGACAAACAUAGACAUGAGAGCUCUCAAGAGGAGGCGUCCCAGGCCAGAGUGGUAGGUGCAGAGCUUGAACAUAUAUUCGACACCUUGUCCAAGGAGCUGAUUCAUCUCCAGGAAGAGCGCAGGAUACAUGCUUUUACACUCCUGGCUGAGAGAGACCGUCGCCUGCGAGAGGCUGAGGAGAGCGGGAGGAGACAGGUGGAGGAGCGCAGACGCAGAGAAGAAGAUGAGAUUUUCCGACAAGUGGUUCAGGUACACCAGGAAACUGUGGAUUUAUAUUUGGAGGACAUCAUCCUGGGGACCUUGGAGCAGACAGCUGAUGAGCAGGCCAGGGAGGAGAUCCGGAGGAGAGCAAAGGAGAUCAACGACAUCGCUUAUGCCAUGGAUGAAAGCCGGAACAAUCUUCAGUCGGAGGAGAUUGUAUCAGAGUUGGUGUACAGUUUCCUUAUCCCAGAGGUGGAGAAGAUCAUCGUCAGACAGAGAGUGCACCAAAGGCAGCAUAGACACUUGCAGGCCACUCGGAGCAUCAUUCAGGGGACUGCAGAGCAUUCUGGGAUCCUUCCCAUUACUUUGGGGGCUUCUCAGUCCAGCUGUCCCUCUGAAAGAGCCUCCAACCGAGUCCUCGAGGAGGUGCUCGGCCCAGCAGAGCAGGAGAAGGGGAAGCAGACAGACUAGCACCACUUUCAAACUGAGUAAAGAUGACUAAGCAUAUACAAAGUGUUCUGAGAUGCAGUCUUGUGUCUAAAUGUGUUGUUGAUUCAUAUUAUUAAAGAUUACAAAAAAUCA